AUGCAGCGCAACAAAGGUGCUUGGAUAAAGGGGACUGGCGUUGCAUUUUGGGCUUGGCUGCGCUUCCUCCUCAAGCUACGAUAUCGUGCUCGGAGCCCAUCGCGAUUUUCCGGCCGAGGAGCACUCCGACAGCGCAGCAGCAUGGACACGGCCCCGAGUUUCGUGGCGGCCGGCCCGGCGGAGUCGGCGCGCCCUGUUGUGCUGCGGGCGCCAAAUGCUGCCAAGGGGAAGGUCUUCGGAGCAACAGCGCAGGGCUACGGCCGAGACUUCGGCGACCACCACGACUUCGGUGGGGCGACCUUUGGAGGAGGAUUCCUUUCUGCUUCUGCGCUGGUCUUGUGCGCAGCAGUUGCCUCCUCCAGGAGGCGUUCUGGCAGAAGGCAAGCCAAAACAUCGCGGCCUGCUUAUGCCUCCGCGCCGCAAACAUAUGAGGGAGCUCCCAUCGGGCCGCCACCAGACCUGCCGUCACUGCUGCUGAAAGAACGAAUCGUUUACCUGGGCACUCCCAUAACGGCAGAGGUGACUGAGCUCAUCAUCGCGCAACUUCUCUACCUCAACUAUGAGUCCGCUGACAAGCCGAUCACUCUCUACCUCAACAGCACCGGCUCCACCAUCAAGAACAACACAAGGUAUAUCGGUGAGUCCAAAGUCGGGCUGGAAACUGAUGCUUUCGCCAUUGCAGAUUGCAUGGCGUAUAUCAAGCCUGACAUUCAGACCAUCGCCAUCGGACAGGCCUAUGGUACGGCAGCAGUGCUUCUGGGCCUUGGCAAGAAGGGCAAGCGUUUUGCGCUGCCAAAUGCAACCAUCAUGCUGUCGGAGCCACGAGAGCCACCGGCCCAGGGCCCUCGACAAGCGGCCGAUAUCCGGAUUAUGGCGAAGGAGGUGUUGCAGAAUCGGUCAACGAUGAGCGAACUGCUGUCCACUGCCACCGGCAAGACGAAGGAGCAAGUGGUGGAGGACACAAAUCGCUGCUACUACAUGACACCUGAUGAGGCCGUUGAGUAUGGCCUCAUCGACAAGGUUCUCACCCCCGAGAAGCUGAAGGGAGCCGGUGACAAGGAAGUGCCAUCCUUCGUGUCGGCGAUGUCAUCCUAUGAUGGAAAAUACGAGUUCGCAACAACAUCCGCUUUGCUGCUGCCCGAUAGUAUCAUGAUGCAGUCCCUGGAAGAAGGCAGCGUGCCGCUGACGUCGAGUGCAGAUACUCGACUGCGGGCGGCCGCCUUCAGGUCACAGGUAGCACUGCUGUGCGUGGUCGCCCUGGAUGGCGUGCUUGCUCCGUUGGUGGUCCUGUCGCCAUUUUCCUUCGACGCAAAUGCCUGGUCCACCAGCCAGAUAAAGCACUGGAGCUUCGACAAAUCCAUUGCCGACUGGCCCCUAUGGGCGUGGACAAGAGAUGUCCUAAUUUGUGGCUUUCUCUUCUAUGGCCAGAAGAUUCAAGACCAGCAGGCUGGCGCGAGGCUGGCCCGGCGAUGCAUCGUGGUUGUGCUGCUCAUUGGCAUCCUCAGGGCCACCCUUUUGGACUGGGAGCUGGCAGACGCCGGAAAGAUCUUUAUGCCGACAGUGGCUUGGGGCACCGUUGCGGCGUUCUCCCUGGCAGCCGUCUCUCAAGUUUACUUGAUAGCCUGUCGGCGAGAGGCAGCGGCUGCAGAACAGGCGGCUGCAGCACAGGAGGCCUCGGCGACGGACACAGGCGAGGAGCAGUACUCGUCGAAGCUGUCCUUCUUCCAGACCUUGAAGGUUCUGAAGCCUUACUUCUGGCCGUCGACAGGCAAGCCCCAAGAGGUGCUGAUGAACCGCAUUCGAGCCUCUUUGACUUGGUUCUGUGUCGUGCUCUCGAAGGCCUUCAACAUCAUCUCCCCGAUCUACCUAGCCCGGGCCACCAAUGCCCUCUCCGCGGCUUUGAAGCGAACAAGCUCGCCGCAAGAGAUCACCGAAGAGAUGUGGUGGCCCUUGACGGAGUACGCGGCCAUGGUUUUCUUCUCCAAGGCAUUGAAGGAGGCGCAGUCUCUUGUGUACAUCAAGGUGCAACAAGCCGCGUACAUUGAGAUCGCGGAUAACACAUUCGCUCACUUGCACGGCCUCUCUCUGGACUGGCAUCUCAGAAAAAAGAUGGGGAACGUCAUCCGCUCCAUGGAUCGUGGAAUUCAGGCUGCGCAGCAGACAAUGCAGUAUGUGUUCCUCUACCUGGUUCCGACGCUGAUCGAGGCCUUAACCGUGGUACUCAUUUUCAUCUUCCACUUCGAAAAUGCGCAGCUGGCUGUGUUCGUCUUUCUGAACCUCUUCGCAUACAUCUAUGCCACGGUGAAGGUCACUCUGUGGAGGAAGCAGUUCCGCACGGCCACCACAAAGCAUGACAACGACCUGCAUGACCGCAUCACCGACUCGCUGGUGAAUUACGAGACUGUGAAGUAUUUCACGGCAGAGAACUACGAGCGCGCGGAGUACCGGAGUCUUGUGGAAAAGUUUCAGAAAACAUCCAUGGCGACGCAGGCAUCCCUGUCACUGUUGAACGUCCUGCAGCAGCUCAUCGUCAACUUUGCGCUCUGUGGCGGCAUGAUCAUCGCCACCAUCCGUGUGCUCCAGGUUCAUGGAGAUCUAGGCGAUUUCGUUGCUGUCAACGCGUACAUCAUUAACGUCUUCACACCACUCAACUUCCUGGGGACCAUCUACAACAUGGUCGUGAAUGCCAUCGUGGACAUGCGAAGCUUCGGGCAGCUCCUGGCAGAGACCUCCGAAGUUCAGGACGCUCCCAAUGCCGCGGAGCUCAACCUCGCCGAGCGCGAGGCGCCCAUGGUGUCCUUCUUCCAAGUCAACUUCCACUACUCCAAGCAGCCUCUGGGCCGAGCCAUAAAGGAUAUCAGCUUCGAGAUUCCUCGUGGUGGUUCCUUGGCCCUGGUGGGGGCCACUGGUGCGGGCAAGACAACGAUCACGCGGCUCCUCUUCCGGUUCUACGACGUAGUGUCAGGUCAGGUCGCCGUGAAUGGCCAGGACGUGCGGAGGGUUACGCAGCGUUCUUUGAGGGCGGCCAUCGGCAUGGUCCCGCAGGAUGUCGUGCUGUUCAACUCCACGAUUUCGCACAACCUGCGAUACGGCAACAUCCAUGAGGCCACUACGGCAGACAUCGAGAAGGCUGCCAAGAGCGCACAGCUGGAUGGUUUUAUCGACCAACAGGCCCAAGGCUACGAAACACUCGUGGGCGAGAGGGGCCUCAAACUCAGUGGAGGUGAGAAGCAGAGGUUGGCCAUUGCCCGUUGUUUGGUGAAAGACCCGCCGAUUGUCGUGCUGGAUGAAGCCACCUCGGCUCUGGACUCCCAGACGGAGCAGAAGAUACAGCAAGCGCUGAGUGUGCUCAGCGCCUCGAGGACGGCCACUAGGACUGCCCUGAGUCAGUGA